AUGGCAUCCAUUGGUGAGAUUGUCCAGAUGAAGACGGCAGCCCUGACGCUCAUGGCUACGCGUGGCGAGGAUCAGGAGCUUGUUGCCCAGGCUGCAUUGACGUAUGCUCCGGCCGCAGACUCGGACUCGGACUCAGUCGACCGGAGGAAGCCCAGAAUCAUCCCAUCAUUUGGCUGGCAUCCCUGGUUCUCCCACCAAAUAAUCGACGACAUCAAUUCAGAAACACGCAAUGAUCCACCAUGUUCCAAAGCGGAGCAUUACAAAGGCGUCCUCACCCCGCCCACCAAGGAUGAAGGCCUGUUGCACGCGCUCCCAGACCUAUACCCGUUGUCCAAACUAAUUGCAGAUACCAGAGCUCGACUCCGCCAACACCCUCAUGGGCUGGUUGGAGAAAUCGGCCUCGACCGCUCAUUCCGCAUCCCGAAUGCUUGGCUCCCCCAUGAGCUUGAAAAGAGAGAUGCCAGCCUGACCCCUGGCUCGCGGGAGGGGAGAAGUUUGUCCCCGCACCGGGUCGCGCUGGCGCAUCAACGGCAAAUCUUCAAAGCCCAGCUGCGGCUCGCAGGCUCCAUGCAGCGGCCUGUAUCCGUUCAUUGCGUCCAGGCACAUGGCGCUGUCCUCGAAGUUCUUCAGGAGCUCUGGUCGGGCCAUGAGAGGAAACGCGUCUCUAACCGGCAGAGGAGAAAGCGGCGGCUCAGCGCGGACAAAGCGCACGAGCACGAACAGAGCGAUCACGAGAAAGACAAAGAGCAUGAAGACGACCCGCAAACGGCUGUAACAGCGUCCCGCCCGUUUCCGCCGCGGAUCUGCAUGCAUUCGUACUCCGGCCCGCCAGACGUGCUGAGGCAGUUCCUGCAUGAAUCGAACCCGGCCGAUACAUAUUUUUCUUUCUCGAGUGUUAUCAACUUUGCGGGAGGCUCGUCGGAGAAGACCGUCGAGGUUAUCAAGGCGCUUCCGGAGGACAGGAUACUUGUCGAGAGUGAUCUACAUUGUGCUGGAAACCGGAUGGAUGAGUUGAUGGAGGCUAUUGUGCGGCAGGUGUGUUCGAUCCGUGACUGGGAUUUGGAAUAUGGGAUUCGCAUCCUGGGUGAAAAUUGGACGCGCUUUGUUUUUGGGUAG